AUGCCUGCUGUAUUUUCAAAGGUAGAUUCUCCAACUCUUUCUCCAUACAUGCCUUCAUCGGCAACUUCAUUUUCUCAUUUCAAAUCUUUGGAUUAUUUGCAAAGUUUACAUUAUUGGAAACGAAUUUUACAACAUUUCAAGUCGAAUGGGAAAGUUUACAAAAUUUUAUCCCUUGCAUUGAUAUUUAGUGGAUUGGUUGGUGGUUAUUAUGUUAGUCAGAGACAGAAACCAUCAAGGAAACGAUCCAUUUCUAAUGAACAUCAAAUAGCAAAUCCGAAACAGUCGAAACCUUCUACACGAAAGGAAACGAAAGAAAUUCAAAACGUCUUUUUGGAUUUUAUGAUGAACAUGUAUAAUUUACUUCGAAUAGGAUUUAAAACUCCAACCAAUGAUGAUGAAAACAAAAGUUUGAGAUAUCUGAAAGGAAGAAACAAAUUUAUUGGAUUGAUUGUGAUGGUUUCGUCUUUGGUUGUUCUAAAGUCUGUGGUCAUUUGUCGAUCAAACUUUAUUAGUGGAGACAUGAUGGAAUAUCUCCUAUCCAAGAAGAGGGAUUUAUUCUUUGAAAGUUUCGUCAAGUUUCUCUUCUCAAUCAUCUUGCAAUCUUUACUUUCGCCAACUCUUAAUUAUCUCAUUGAAUUGAUGGCUCUCCAUUUCAGAAAGAAUCUCACAAUGAAUCUACAUGAGAAAUACUUUUCAGAUUUGUGUUAUUACAAGAUCAAUAAUUUGGAUAGACGUUUGGGCGCAGUUGACCAAAGAAUUACUCAAGAUAUUGAGAUUCUUUCAAUGAGGAUUUCUGAGCUUUUUACGGAUAUUUUACAUCCGAGUGUGGAUUUGGUGCUUUACACGAAUGAAUUGGUGAGAUUGAUGGGCUGGAGUGGUUUCGUUUCAGUUUCGGUUUACUUUUUUAUUGCUGUUGGAAUCUUGUCAAGAGUUUCUCCCAAUUUUACUAAAUUUAGUGCACAGGUUCAGAAUAUGGAAGGUAAUUUCAGACAAUUACACAAUAGAUGUUCGAUAAAUUCUGAACAAAUUUCAUUCUAUAGUGGAGACGAAACCGAACGAAAGAAAGUUGAAGAUUAUUUCGACAAGUUGACAGAUUAUUCAAACUUUGUCAUUAAGAAGAACUUCUCAUUUAGUAUGGUGAAUGAUUUCCUAACUAAAUACUUCCCUCACACGUACAGUUCUUUCAUUAUUGGACUUCCAGCAUUUUUUGGAAGAUUAAGACAUUUGAAAGGUGACGCUUUAAUAGGAAAAUUAAGAUAUUUGGUUGCAGUAGUAACUCUGGAAUUCUAUGCUCUUGGAGAUCUCAUUGAAUUAUUCAGAAAUAUUUUGAGAUUAAGUGGACUAGCUCAGAGAGUUUCGUUGCUCUUCCAAAUUAUAGAAGAAAUCAAAACAGGAAACUCCCAAAACAUUAAUUUCAGAAGGAAUCACAAAGGAGAAAUACUCGACUCUGAUGAAAUCAAAUUCACCAACGUUACCAUCAAAACUCCUGAUGAAAUUACCUUAGCAAAAAAUUUGACAUUUCAUGUCAAUAAGAAGGAACACAUUGUCAUUUCUGGAAGUAAUGGAGCUGGAAAAUCUUCACUAUUCAGAGUGUUAGGAUCUCUGUGGCCACUCCACGAAGGUAGCAUCCACAAACCUCAAGCAUGUGGAAAUAAUUCAAGUGGUCUUCAUAAGGAAAUUUUUUAUCUUCCACAAAAACCUUACAAUCUCGUUGGAUCAUUGAGAGGACAAAUAAUUUAUCCAGAAAAGGAAUAUAAGGAUGAUUGGAAUGAUGGAAUGAUUGAGGAAUUGUUGCAUGACUUUGGAAUUUCGUAUCUGGUUUCGAGAAGUGAACACGGAUUCGAAACUGUACAAGAUUGGAAUAGUCUUUCGAGAGGUGAACAACAGAAAUUGGCUUUGGUUAGAUUAUUCUACCACAAACCAAAGUAUGCCAUUCUCGACGAGUGCACUUCCUGUAUUACAGCUGACGAUGAGGAAAAACUUUACAAAAAGUGCACAAAAAUGGAAAUUACCUGUAUUACCAUUUCACAUAGACCAGCUCUGGAGAAAUAUCAUAAACAGAGAUUAGUUUUCGAUGGAAAAGGUGGUUGGGUAUGGCAAGAAAUUGUAAAACCUUAUGAUAUCAGAACAGAUGAAGAACCUGUUUACAAACUCAAAGGUUUUGACAAGUUUGUGAGAGAUGAUAUCGAAAACUAGUGUAAAAUAUAAUGCAAUCAUUAUAAGAAUGUACAUAAAAAUUCAUUGUAAAUUAUUGUAAAA